GAGAAAAAGCAGCUCUUCCUCUCGCGAUACCUCAUUGCGGACGUAGGCGCCUCAAGUCCACUUUGGCUCUCAUUGGCUGCCGAAUGCAGUGAGGGCGCUGGGAAAGUAGUGGUGAGGCCCCGCCCUCAUACCGGAGCCACUCCUGAGCCGCCGAGAGGACGAACCCCGGGAGCGAGGGUCGCGGCGGCGAUUUUCCUCUCUAUAGAUCUUGAUGAAUAAAAUAAAGCAGACAUAAUUCAUCUCUUGAAAGAUUAUUUAUAUGCUGGCAUUUGAAAUGCUUUGUAUUUAGAAUAGUAGUAAAAAUGGAAAAAGAGAAAGUAAAUGAUGAUGCGAAACCAGACCCAGAGGAUUCCUUGGACUUUUCUGAACACUUUAACCAACUUGAAUUGUUGGAAACACAUAGACACCUUAUUCCCACUGGUACCCAAAGUCUCUGGGAAGAGAAUUCUGAUGAAGAUGAACAAGAUGAAAAAACUGAAGAGUGGUAUCAAUUGCAAGAAAAAAAAAUGGGAAAAGAUCCAAGCAAAUUGCUUCUUUGGGCUGCUGAAAAGAAUCGGCUUGCUACAGUGCAGAGACUACUUUCUGAAAAGGCCACUCAUGUGAACACUAGAGAUGAAGAUGAGUAUACCCCUCUUCAUCGAGCAGCCUAUGGUGGACACUUAGAUGUUGUCCGCGAGCUGGUUGCACAAGGGGCAGACGUUCAUGCGGUGACCGUGGAUGGCUGGACACCCCUGCAUAGUGCUUGUAAGUGGAAUAAUACCAGAGUGGCUUCUUUCUUACUUCAGCAUGAUGCAGAUAUCAAUGCCCAGACAAAAGGCCUCUUGACCCCCUUACAUCUUGCUGCUGGGAACAGAGACAGCAAAGAUACCCUAGAACUCCUCCUCAUGAACCGCUACAUCAAACCAGGUCUGAAAAACAACUUGGAAGAAACUGCAUUUGAUAUCGCCAGGAGGACGAGUAUCUAUCACUACCUCUUUGAAAUUGUAGAAGGCUGCACAAAUUCUUCACCUCAGUCUUAAUGCUUCUAAUAAUUUUCUUAAGUUUCUGAUUACCAGUGCCUCCUUUGUGUGAGAUGUGAAAUAAUCCCCAUAAUACAAAGCUGACAUCAAACGUCUUACUACAGAAAAUCAGUGGAAAUUCAUUAUAAUAUCCUUCCAAGUGAAUUGCUUGACCUUGAUGUCAAAAUAUAUUUGCAAAUUAUUUCGAUAUAUCUUUAAUGAUUUCUGUAGAGUUUGUGAUUUUUAUCAGAAAUAAUUUUAACUUACCUAUACUUAAAAACUUAUCACGGGUUGUACAGAAAACUAACGGUAUUUUUGGUGCUGAUCCAAGAGAAAUGUAUUUUUAAAUAUCCCCCAUCUUGGAUCUUUGUUGAGUAUUGAGUAUAUUGAUAUGUAUUUUUGUAAGGUAAGGUAACUCAGAAUUUAAUUGAAAAGUCUUAUUUAUACUGGUGCAAUUCAGCUGUCUUCUCUGUAUUACCAUAGCCAUUUGCUUUCAUUUUAAACCAUAAUAACUAACACGUUAGUGACUUGAAUCUUCAUAAAUUAAAGAAACAUCAAGAAACCUAGAUCUUUGUCGUUUAGAACCUAGACCAUUUUCGGAAGGUAGUUAGCUAGGUGUUCAAGCCAUGAAUGUUAUAUACCUCC